GAAAAUCGUUGGCCACCUGGUGCAGCUGUGCUGAUUACAAGGACAGCGAGGACACUUACUGAUAAGGGAUCACGCGAACAAGGACUUUUAUCUUUCUUUCAGUCUUGCAACACUGUUGAAAGAAGACGUGAAAUGCUGACUCAAAUCUUCCUCGCCGCUGCCGUGGCAGCCAUGGUGUCCGCUCAGGCAGGGCCCCUGGAUAUGUACGGUCUCAUCAACGUGUUGUAUAUGAAAGCAGACAAGAACUUUGACGGCAUUAUUACGGAACAGGAAUUAGACAAUGUGUUUGAGGGCUUCGAUCUUAACAAGGACGGUAGUGUGUCGAUGGCUGAGUUCACAGGUCUGUGGAAGCUUCUGACACACCAGAGCCAAGAACACGCCGAAGCAUUCUUUCAUCUGGCUGACCUUACUAACGAUGACGUCAUCAAUUCCAGCGAUCUCAAACUCUUGUACCAUGUCUUCGACGUUGAUAGUACUGGAACAGUAACAGCGAAGAAUUUCGCCGCCAAAUGGGUCCAGAUUAUCCAGGAAACACCCUUCGCUGUUUUGUUCGAGCGUGCAGACACUGAUAACAACAACCAGUUGACAUCAACCGAGUUCAAUGGCUUCUUCAAAUCCUUUGACUUCAACAGUGACGGUUCCGUGGAUAAGGCCGAGUUCGAACACGGCUGGGCCUCGUCUCUGUUCGGGACUAGCGCUGAUGCCGACCAUAUUUUCCCUAAGAUCACAAGUACCGGAAGUAUUGGCGCUGUGCAGAUGGGGCCGUUAUAUACAACAUACAACGCCGACCACGAUGACCAUUUGACAAUUAUUGAAGUUUCCAAGAUGGCAAAAAUGCAGCCACCCCCACCGUCAUCCUAAAAAUCGCCUACUAGUACAAUCAAUAUACAUCAAAAAUAAAACAGUUUACAAAUAA